AUAUUAUAGAACACUGGCGUCCAUCGAGAACUUAUCUGAACCCUAAAUUGACACAUGAAUUUCCGAGAAGACAUUUGGCUGCCAUUUUCUGUCAACCUGUUUGGCAUGUUUCUCUGAUCCUGAACAAGCAUGGAGACGAAGAAGCAUGCGGCACAUUCCAUCAUACUUGCUCAUCGACACGACCCAUUUCAAGUCAACCCGGACGUUUCAAGAUCGAAUCUAGACCCAAGAAAAUGUCGCCUCAAUAGGCAAUGCUAGGCCUAAAUGGGACUGUGUUCAUUUGUGGGCCUGAGAUAAACAGUACAGUCAUUGCUUUCCCAUAACUUGAACUUGUCUUGCAGAGUUUUGUCUCGGCAGCUGAUCAUUUCUGACUCGAACUCGAAGUGCGCAAGAAAUUCAAAUCAAAAUAAUACAUUUUAGAACAAUUGGCGGAAAGUACGAUGUUAUUCACUGUGCUCUAUCUAUACGUCUGUUACGCAACGGUGGAUUUGCGGGGAGUGCUCGGGAUCAGUGAUAACAACUUCAAACAAGAAUUUAGCAAGGACAUCUUUCAAAAUAGGAGCUACUACGGUCAAACGAUUCCUAAAGACGGACGCGGAAAGGAUAAGCCACAUGGCAAAGGGUCGAUCCUGCACCGUGAUGGAACGCUUGCUUAUUCUGGAUCCUGGUGGAGAGGUUAUAUGCAUGGCCAAGGUCAGAGGUACUUUGCGAAUGGAGUGCAUAACUACACUGGGACGUUCCAUUACAACGAGAUGGAUGGGGAAGGUCAAAUCUUCUUCGCCAAUGGGUCCCAUUUUUCGGGUCGGUUUCGCAAUAACCGUCUCUGUGGCCCAGGAAAUAUGACGUAAUCCAAUGGAGAUUACCGGAUAGGCACCAUUCAGGACGAUGUGUGGGAAGGUUCAGUGAAAUACUUUGACCAUGUGAUGAAUAUGUUUUGGGCGGAAGAAUGGUCCAAUGGAACUUACGAGCCCUCGUUACAUUUAUACAAGAAGGUCCAGAAGAACUCGAGUGACGUGGACCCAGAAGUGAUUUGUCGAGUUCAUGCAAUUGACGAGCUCCCUCCAAUACUUUCCCGAAAUGGUUUCCCCAUCCCCAUCAGAAACUUGGAAACCGUGGUGGAAAGGGAGUUCACUACCAUCAAAUUUAAACUUGAACUCAACCUGGAAAUGGUCACUGAAUUCUCUUGUGAACUUCCCGAGAACCCCGAUGCUCAGAAGAAUAUGACGGUUCACAAUCCGUUUUCCAUGGAAGCCAGUGAGCAAUGCGGAAUUCAAGGAAUUCAAGGUAGUUCCCACGAAAGUAGCCAUAACCGCUCGCGAAGGUCUUUAUUUGGCUCGAAAGUCGUAGACGGUACCAUAGCAUACCGAGGUCAAGUCCCAUGGCAAGCUGCCAUUACAUACACUAGCCCAGGGUAUUCCGAGGAGCAUGGGACAAAAUGUGGCGGCGUAAUCAUCAGUUCCCAACACAUUCUUACCGCUGCCCAUUGUCUGAUACGUGGACAUAAUGGAACCAUCCCCCUGGAUGAGCUUCAAGUCAAAAUCGGAAUGGCCACUUGGCCAAAUAGUCUCGUUGGGCAGACUUUCAGGGUCAGAAAAAUCUAUAGCCAUGCCAAUUUCUCGGAUCAAAUCGAAACGGAAUACACGAUGUACAACGACAUAAGUGUUCUAGUCCUGGAACGAACCAUUCGUUUUAACAAAUACGUUUCGCCUAUCUGUUUACCCUCCUUGAAAACUCUUCAUAACGUCAAACCCAUGGAUCCCUUGACAGUGUCUGGCUUUGGCGUCACAAUUGAUUUGAACGACACCUGGUUACCAUCGCCAUUCCUGCAAACUUCAACCGUAUUUCUGCGUUCGAUCGACGUCUGCAUCCCACCAAUCCAUGAAAAGGCCACCCAAUUCCAAGGCCAUCUAUGUGCAGGGGGUGACAGGGUCUCAGGGAGCGAUAUUCAUUCCGAUUCUUGCAAAGGAGAUUCUGGGGGACCACUCACUCUCAGGGAUCGAACCACCGGCAGAUUUGUCCUAAUUGGCUUGGUGAGUUGGGGCCACCGUAGAUGUGGGAAGACACCAGGAUCAGUCUAUGUGAAUGUAACUCAUUACCUCGAUUGGAUCAAAAAAGUUCAAUUGGACGCCUUGGUGGACGAGUAUCAAUCCAUUGGACGAUUGCCCUACGAAAAAGUGGACAAAGCGAUGUUCCAAGCGAUCUUUGACCAAUUGGUUAUUUCGCGACAUGAUAUUUUGUAAUAGAAAAGACAAACAGAGUAAUAAUGUACAGUGAUAUAUUUUCUUCCGAAAAAAGACAAGAACUAAAAUAAAAAAGAUACAAAAGAAACUAACAAAAUACUCUCUGUGUGGAGAUAAAAAACGAAGAAAGCGCACUCUUGCGGUCUGGAUACCAACCGUUUACGUGUUGCAUAAAAACCAAAUCAAAGUCGAAUUGAAAGGAAUGAGGA